CAUGGCUGACACAGUAGAGUUGAAAAUCUGCAGGGAGCUGUUGGAUCCCAAAUUCGACGGUUAUAAGCUUUCUUUGGAUAAAUUACCACAAUACAAGUCACAAUUAGACAAUGCAAUUGAAGUGGUUGAUCUCAAUGAUGAUCAGUAUUCCUAUCAUCAUGCAAAAAUAUAUGGCGUCCAUAACCACCUCUUCCUGGAUAUGUGGUCAGAACACAAUGUAUACUUCAUCGACAGAGACUGGGCUGUCGUCAGAUCAGCAUCAGUGGGAAUGACCCUGGAUUCUGGAAGGAAAGUUUUACAAAUUCCCGAUGCCACGAACCAGAAACUGACUCCCAGGAGACUGAAUCUUGUCCUUCAGUUCAUCUCCCUAGACUUGGCAGUUGUAUCUGAUGGAGCUGGCAAAUUCCAUUUGGUUGAUACAGGAAACAGGGGAGACAACUCUAACAACUGGAAGAUUAUCUUUUCAAAAGAUCUGUUAAAUAAUGGAGAGCCAUUUCUGCUGGUGGAUGCAGUGGUCCACACGGUAGAUGAGACACACCAUGUGGAAUGUCUGUGUGUCCAUGUGGAGGAAGCGACUGAAGAACAAAAGGAAAAGUAUAGAUCUCCAAACCUAACAAUACUCGAGUGGAUUACACUCAGUUCAGUUGAUCGUAGAUCCUGGAGCGUAGAAAGAACAAGACAGCUGAUUGGUCGAAAGCCAUACGACUAUGCUGCACUUGACCACACUGGGUCAUCCGUUAUCAUAUCAGCUGCUGCCGAGUUCAAGUUCGUGUCCGAUUCCUCAAAACUAAUUCAAGAAGAAACUGAACAGGUGCCAGUGAAUGGGCAAAAUGGCGAAACUGUGCCAGAGUACACCUGGAACCAGGGCUCUGACGAGAUCUGCGCCACAUUCACUGUCCCCGAGGGAGUCAAGAAAGGGGACAUCUAUAUGACUCUUAAAUCCGAGUACAUAGACUUCGGUAUAAAGAAUGGUAGGGCGCUCCUUAAAGGUCAGCUUCAUCGCCGUGUUGAUGUGGAUGCCAGUACCUGGACCAUCAGUGGGCAAAGAAUAGAGCUGACCCUUUCUAAGCCGGAGUUGGAGGCCUGGCCGGUCAUCGUCCAGGGAGAUGACAGAGGAGAGAUGACCGUUGAUGAAGGACUCAUUGCACAAAUUCAUGAAAGACUUGCGCAUCUUACCUCCGAUCAGAUGAACCCUUCCCCCGAGAUGGCAGAGGGACAGCCAUACAAUGCCCAGCAACUUGAAGAUUGUGACGCAUUCCCAGACGACAGCUCUCUUCUCCACCGGAUCAAUGGUGACACACAUCGAACAGUGUCACAGACUAAUCUUGGAAGCCAUCAGUGGUUGUUCAAUGCCAGAUUAAGCCACGACCAGCCUCCAGCUCUGUGUCUCAGACACGAUGUUGACGGAUUACUAUGGCAACCAGAGAAUGUUGUCAAAGAACAAAUGACACCAUGGAAGCAUGUGUCGACAUUUAAUGCAUUUGGUUAUGUUCAAGCCUCGAAACAACAGCGGAAGUAUUCCACAUGUCCUCCAGGAAGUUCAUAUGUUGCAGUUUGUGACUGUGCUAGACAUGUAUACAUUUACAGACAACCUGCUCCCAUUACGUCUCCGGUCAGGAAUAGAAAGACAGGACGACAGGUGAAUUCCGUUGCUAAGCAACAAGUUAUAUCCCUGGAAAGUGUGGACAAUAUCUUAGGAGUACAGGCAACGGUUGAGAAACUCUUUGUGAUUACCAAAAAUAUGGUGUAUGUAGCAAAUGUCAACAUGGCACCAUGAGAUAUUCUGUUUGUUGUAAUUACUUUAUUCAUUAAUGUAUAGGGGUAUACGUAUUACAAGGUGGGGUAGGAGAUGGGGAGUUGAGGAUGGGGGUUUCGUCGCUAUACUGGAAUCAAAGUUUAGUAUACAUAGCAAUUAAUUCUGAUUGACAAAUACUUCUCAUACGCUCAUCAAUUUUUAUGAAAAUUUGUAUGCCGUCACAUGAUUAGUUUUAUAUUUUCAAUGAUUUUCCAGAGGGUUGUGGCCCUUUGAGGAUUUUUCUUGAGGAACGUUUGUCUGAAAAAAUAUUUCUUUCAUCUAACAACCAACUUUUAAGAAACAGAACACAAUUUCACAAUUAUGCCCCUUUAAUUUUGAACAUGCAGGGAAAAACAUUCUUGUCGAGUGUCCUGACAGGAAUGGAGCGCUGGUCUCUAGGGUGAUAAGAAGCUUACUACAUUAGGUGAAAGACAGAGACCAUAUUUUACAUUAUGUACAAACCACACCAACCUUUAGCAAAUGAUUUCCUUGCAGAAUAUUUUGUUAUGAUUGAAUGGGGUAGGGGUUGGGGAGGGGUUGGGGGGAUCGAGUACCCACAUUUGGCUGACAGUUGUUGUUACUAGUUUACUCUGAUGUGUUGUUAAUCAGUGUAUCAAAUAAACAAUACAUGAUAAUAUAUCCACUUAGUUCUGAUAGGUACAAAGUUGUUUACUUGGUAAAUUAACAAUAAGUUCAGAUUUCUGUCAGUAAUUCUAAUGUUGAAAUAAAACUUGGUUGACUUCUGCUGCGAAGAUAUUUGACAUAAAUUGAUGUUUAGUCGAUAAUAUAUUAUCAAUAUUACAUUUUACCCAAUGUUCGAUGAAUAAUUUAACUCUGAUGUGCUCUCAUGCAAAGAAAUAGAAGAGCAAAUCUAUGUUUGGGCAUGUAUGCCAGUUAGCGAAAAUGUAUUUGUUCAAGAUGUAUCAUAAUUUUUUAAUUUAUAUAACAUACAUUGUAAAAUAUAUUAAAAAAUCAAGUAUUUAUAGCAUUCACAAGAAGAUUUCCAGUUGACAUAGAUAGUCAGUAUGGAAAAGACAAUUGGGGGAAGUAAAAAUAAAAUCUUAUUUAAA